ACACUCGUCGCCUCUCCGCGGGCCUGGCACUGCCGGCCCAGCGUUGAAAAGGCGACCGCCCGUUACCGCGGCCCGUGGGUUCAUUCCACCGCCACCGACAGCGUCGAAGAACUUCCGCGUUACAACAGAAGCGGUGUUGGCCCUGGAGGAUCCGAAAUUGCGCAAGCGGAUUCGCUCACGAUUGCAGGAAUUGAUACACAACUACAACGCUUCCUGCACCAAGGCCCCCUUCAACUUCCCCUGGAGGCAGCCGGGAUACCGGCUGCGUACGUUCGACUAUUUUCGCAACACGCGGGACCGACAGACCUACUUGCAGACCAAAGGAGCCCGGUCCAAUUACGAUCCCCGGAUGCACUUGGACAUCAAUAAGCUGUCAUCCGAGGAGCUGCUGGCGAAACUGGUGAGCGCCAAGAAGGACGAGGAGAGGGAGUCGAUUUUAGGAGGCGUCUGUUUGUUCAAGCUUGAGACCUUGCUGAAACACUUGGACGGCCAGCAAAAAACGCGCGAGCUGAUCGCUAAAGCGUACAAACCCGUAUUCGAGAAGCACGAGAAGAAGUUCCUCGACACCAGGGACGGAGAAAGACCGGAGCGCGAUUUUGAACGUGAGAAGAGAGAGCUCCUUGCGGACCUGGCUGCGUACACUGGGCGGCGAAAUCUACCUGCAGCGGGGCCGCCCGCCAAAAAAAGAGUCUUCGCGAUAAGCACGGAAGACGAUGCUGCGCCGGCGCGUGCUACGCCGUCGAGCGGCGGUGUUUUGGCUUUUAGCGGUGCAGAAAAAGCAAAGGAGGACGGAAGGGAGAAAACGGAGAACGAAGUGCAGAACAAACACGCGAGCCGCACUGCGGUUUCCGCAGGCGCAUCUACACCGCAGCGAAAAACGGAAUUUGCCCCCGUCGACCUGGUCGAGAGAAGCCAGUCGGAACAGGAGGAGAGCGACGAAAUUUUGGCGAGUCCGCGGACCAGCGGUGAAGCCGGUGAAAACCUACCCAGCGACCCCCUUCCGCGGGUAGACCCUGUAAGAGGAGCCACUUUAUUCGUGCGCGGCCAGCCGGACGUGGAAAAGGUCGAUGACAGUAGCGGCGAGGGGAAGGAGCAUUCUGCCGCUGCGAAAAACCAGACGCAGACCGUCCGCCGACAGCAUCGCAGUUUGUUGGGUGUUGGCAGCAGCGAAGAUGUAGUGCAGCUGCGGGCACGAGGUGAAGAACAGGUCGCGCCGAAAGCACCGCAGAGGAAGGAAAAAGUAAAAGCCGCAGUUAGUAGUCGCAGUCUAGAGCACAAGAAAAGGGUAAAGAAAGUAGAGCGUCCGUGGACAGAAGAUGACAUCUUUGAUUUUGGAAAUCAAGUUGCCCCAGGCGUGUUCGUCGGGCCGGACAAGCUCUUCGCACUGGUGCAUAAAGACGAUGUGGAGAACAAGUUCCGACGGCGAGCAGGGAGCGAGCAGGUGGUCUCGGACGCGUACGACAAACACAACACCGACGCCGUGUUGCGGUGGAAAAAGGAGGUAGCAGACAAGUGCCUCACCCACGUCGUCUUAUCCUGCUUAAAAAAGCUCCCACCCCAGAGUCAAGAUGAGAAAUGUGCAUCGCAAAUCCAAAUUCCUAUAGUUUUUGGAGUUGAGCAUGACAAGUUCCUAUUAGUAGCGCACUGCUGGUUAGUAAGAAGGAUAGCCGUACCACAAGGUCGCGCCCUUUGUUUCCUGUUAUUUGCAGCAUUACAAUUGCCAAGACGCGGCUAGACGAAUUGCCUCUCACGAUGUAGAUGCAAUUCUGCAUGACGACUCUGUGCUGGGGACGUUUUUGCUCAGGAUGCAUGUCGAUCCACGAUUAUUUGACCAUAGACAAGAAAAACUUUCCGAACGUCAGGGAGCUCUCGCACUUUUCGGGACUCUGUGACGACGAUGCCACGGAGCUGGGGCCGGUGCUCGAGUCCGCAAUUACCGCCAUACACGAAGGCUUGUGGCAGUUGGCCGUCGGCGGAGCGGCGCCGAUCCGCUUAGACGCGAUCGCACGAGAGCAAUGGAACGCGCUUGUGGUGCAUUCCGAUUCCGAAGAUGGCGGCGAGGGCGAGGAUGGUCAAGUUCCCGCUUCUGCGAGGCCGGCGAAGAGGACGAAGCUCUCGGCGACGCAGCAUCAUGAGCAACAGCGUAACCCCGUCCGAGUGGAGGCCGCGGCGCGUUGUGAAGAGGCAAGCAACCCCGAACGAACGUUGCGGAACAAAAAAACGCCUUUCCAGCUACCACGCUGUCGGUCUUUGCGUAGAAGGUUUUUUGAUGUGGUCCCCCUAGUGCAGGAUAGAUGGUGAUGAUGCAUGAAGACGUUAGUGAUAAUUGUAUGUAAAAUGCAAAAGUGCAAGGGAAAUGCAAAUGGAAAUCACGUACAACAGGCUUAUUUUUAAUUUGGCCGUGCGGCAUUUCUACGCAUGACGGAGGGAUGAACUUUGUGUAUUUUGAAAGUGCGCAAAACCAAAAGUGGCUGUGAUGGUUUCUUUUUCUUGGAUACGCCCUGGUGUACAUUCACUGUCACCAAGGGUGCAGUCGUUCUGCGGCGUUGUGGAUCGCGUACGUGGUAUGCUGCUGUGAAGUUCCUGAUCUAGAAUUAGCUCUCCACACGGCACAGCAAGGACGUUACCUGGUAUCGCCGAAUGACGCCUUCCUAGAACAGGGCAAGGGGAAAGGCUUCGGAGGGGGCUCGUCAUCCUCGUCAUCAUCAUCAUCUUCUUCUUCGUCUUCUAGUUCCUCCUCGAACAAGCAGGGAGAGAGAAACGAAAACCAACAGCAGGACACGAAGCAUACAGCAAUCAGCGUGACGCGGACGCAGUCGCGGCGUUUUUGGCGAACCACUUCGCGAGAAAACACUUCGACGCCACGAACUUCUACAACCCGGCGGUUCUCCCGACAGACCACCGGGAACACAUCUUUUCCACGCGGAUGGCAAAGCCGCCAAGAGUGGCCGCGGGAGCGGAGCAGCCGAGCUUCGUGCUAG